AUGGAAGAAGAUGAUGAAGAUAACAAUGAAGCAGAUUUAUCUAUUUUGCCAAUGGCACGUAUUGCUGCUUCACCAUCUAAUCUGAAUUAGAACUUCAACAAUAAUAUUAAUAUAAAUCAGUAAAAUAAAUCUUAUAAUUGUAAUAUUCCUUAAUUAUCAAUCAAGAAAGAAUCUUUUGAUUUGGCUUUAAAUACCUUUAAUAUAGAGGAAGGAGAGGAAAAUACAGCUUAAGAAGCUUAUUAGCAAGAAAUUCCUGUUAGAAAUAAAAAAACAUCAAUUUCAAUUAAAGUAAUUUAAAAAUAAGCUAGAUCUUAGUUAUUUUCGAUGAUAAAUAGACAUUUACUUAAAGAAAUUUUAUUUGCAGAUACUCUUGGACUUGUCAAUCCUUCUCCUUCAAGAUAUCGUCCUUGUUCUGGAGAAUCAAUUCAUUUGGAAGAACAUGAAAUAGCCAGUGUGAGAGCUUUUACAAAAGCUAACAAAUCUUAUUUAUCUGGACUGCGUAGAAUAUUUAAAUUAGAAUAUGUACCUCUUGCAUCCUAUGAAAACAGAAAGCUUCCUUAAUGGCUAGAUUACAGAUCUAAACAAGAUUUAUUUUUACUAAAAGGAUGCCCUACAAUAGAAGAUUAAUCUGAAAUAUUGUUGCGUUUUUAUAAUUAAAAACAAUUCAUUUUGAAGUAAUUUUUGAUCAAAAUAGAAUAUAAAAGAGAAUAUACUUAAUUAAACAGAAUUGACUUAUAAAAGUAGUUAAAUAGCAGCUAAAAUUAUACAUAAAACUAAUUAAGAUGUGGAAACACUAAAUAUUACAGUGAAAUUAAUUAAGAUUAGCAUUCUGUAGUAUGCACUCCAAUCCAAUUAAAAAGUAUAUUAAAUUCAAAUUAAAAUUUCUUUUAAGGAAAUUAAAAAUCAACAUUUUAAGCAACAACCUUUAAUUAAAAUGAAAAAAAUUUGGGAGAAUCCUAAAGUUAUGCAGAUAAUGAAAUUAUAAGUAUGGAAGGAGAAGAUAUUUAAGAAAAUACUUUAAAAGAAUAUAAUUUAAAAUCAAAUUAUUAAAUAUAAUCUUAAGAGAUUAUUCUAGGUCAAAAAAAUGCUCCAAGAACAAAUUAAGAUUAAUAAUUAGAGUGUUAAGAUAAUAAGAUAAACAAAUAUAAUUUUAAUGUUUUAAAUAUCAAAUAAAACAGUUAAAAUGAAGAAUAAAAUGAGUGA